CACUUCACAGAGUUCCUGGAUGAGUUUUCACCUGAUGUCCUAGGCCAGCUCUUGAAUGAUCCUUUCUUGUCUGAGAAGAAUGAAAUAAUGGAGGUGGAACUGUCUCCAGCAUCCCCAGCACCCCUCAUCCAGGCAGAACACAGCUAUUCCCUCUGUGGGGACUCUCGACCCCAGUCUCCCUUGACCCACAUCUCGACUGAUGACAACUUUAAUGAAGGUGACCUGGAAAAUGAGGAAUGGUGUCUGGCUGCAGAGUUUACUCCAGCAUCAAUAAAGACUGAGCCAGGGCUGUGUGAGACAUCCUGCCUUGCUCCCUCUGUCAGUCUCACCAUCACGGCCAUGGCGCUGGAGGGGGAACAGCCUGAACUACGGACAGAUGCCCUGAUGAAACCACUGACCCAGAAAGUUCUUCCAGAGAUUAAAUUGGAGCCCCAUGAAGUGGAUCAGUUCCUGAACCUCUCUUCUAAGGAAGUGGAUCCCCUGCAUUUGCCUCCGACCCCUCCCAGCAGCCAUGGCAGUGACUCUGAAGGAGGGCAGAGCCCAGCUAGAUCACUCCCUCCUUCAAGCCCAAUCCAGCUACAAGCCACGGCUAAAGUUGCAUCACGCACAGCUUCAGUGCUCUCCAAUUCCCCUCUCCUGACUGCACCACAUAAAUUACAGGGGACUGGCCCACUCAUCCUGACAGAGGAGGAGAAGAGGACACUGAUAGCUGAGGGCUACCCAAUCCCCACCAAACUGCCCCUGACAAAAGCAGAGGAGAAAGUGCUAAAGAAAAUCCGGAGGAAAAUAAAGAACAAGAUCUCUGCCCAGGAAAGUAGAAGAAAAAAGAAAGAAUACAUGGACAGUCUGGAAAAAAAAGUUGAGACCUGUUCAAAUGAAAACAGUGAGCUGCGUAAGAAGGUUGAAGUCCUGGAGAAUACUAACAGAACACUUCUGCAGCAGUUGCAGAGACUCCAAGCCAUGGUUGCUGGCAAAGUGUCCCGAUCGUGUAAGGCAGCUAGCACACAGACAGGGACCUGUCUUAUGAUGGUGGUGCUGUGCUUUGCAGUAGUUUUUGGCAGCUUCUCUCAGAGCUAUGGGCCAUAUCCUUCUGCUACAAAGAUGGUGUUGCCCAGGCAGCAUUCCUCACCAGAGUCUUACACAGAUUCCAUUGUGAGGUCGAGGAGUCUGCUAAUUUAUGAAGAGCCUCACCAGCUGGAGGAGUCAUCAAGCUCAGUCUCCUUUGCAGAUCGCACCGACAGGCAAACAGACACCUCCAAGUACACAACACUGUCCCUGGAAGCCAUGUCAGGGACACAGCAGGAUGAUAUCAUGCAGUUCACAAUAGCCAAUGAGACAAGGAUAGAGAAGUCAGUGCUGCUGGGCCUGCAGCAGCACAGAAUCAACUCCGAACUAGAAGGAAAUGAAACACUGAAGAUAAUUGAAAUAGAUAGAAGAGUCAAUGCCACCUCUUAAAAAUAAAAAAGGCCUUUUUUCUUGACUUCCCUCUUUCCCACAUAUUUUCAACCAAAGUUCCCCUGACUUGUCAUCCUCUGUGAACCAAAGUACAAAAGAGAGGGAGUUCAACUUCUGCAUUGACUGAUGGGGCUGUGACUACAGAUGGGAUCUCUUGUCUUUGUAACUCCCUUCCUCACUUCACACACAGUCCCUGUCUUUGCUUUUAUUCCUUUUUUAUUCCUUUCCUGUCUAAUACUGCAAGGGCAGGAUUGAAUUAUGAUGGCAGAUGAUGCCAGCAGUGUGCCAGUGACUGGUGGGUGUGUGUGUGCAUAUAUGCACACAGCCUGAUCUGAGCACAAAGACAUUCUCUAGAAGAGCAAAAUAUGCAAAACCAACGGGAGCAUGUGGG